CCCCCCCCCGCUCUUUCUCUCUCUCUGUAGCCAUGACAGACGCCAGAGAAUCCUGCAUUUACGAGGUGAACUACGCCACCCCGAGGAGCUUCGGCACCGCCCUGAAAUCCGACCUCAAGGAGACAUUGUUCCCCGACGAUCCGUUUCACGAAUUCAGGAACGAGCCGCCUUCGAAAAAGGCGAAGAAAGCGAUCCAAUACUUCGUCCCGAUCUUCGAGUGGUUGCCCAAAUACAGCCUGCGCUUCUUCAAGUACGAUCUCCUCGCCGGGAUCACUAUCGCCAGCCUCGCGAUACCGCAGGGGAUCAGCUACGCCAAGCUCGCCAACCUCCCUCCGAUCAUCGGGCUGUACUCGAGCUUUGUUCCUCCACUAAUAUAUGCGGUAUUCGGGAGCUCAAAGCAUCUAGCUGUUGGAACAGUCGCGGCGUGUUCUUUGCUUAUCGGUUCGAUAAUAGGGGAAAAAGUAUCACCAGUUGAUGAUCCAGAGUUAUACCUUCACCUGGUUUUCACUGCUACUUUCUUCACUGGAAUCCUCCAGUCUCUUAUGGGUUUCCUAAGACUAGGAAUAGUGGUGGAUUUUCUCUCACAUUCCACGAUCACCGGCUUCAUGGGAGGGACUGCUACGAUUAUCUGCCUGCAACAGCUCAAGGGCAUGUUUGGAUUGAAGCAUUUCACGACCAAAACCGACGUGGUUUCUGUUUUGCACUCUAUUAUCACCCAUCGACAUGAGUGGCGGUGGGAGAGUGCCGUUGUCGGCAUCAUUUUCUUGGCAUUUCUCCAAUUCACUAGAUAUGUGAAGCAAAAGAAACCAAAGCUGUUUUGGGUAUCAGCUAUAGCUCCAAUGGUGGUUGUGCUCACUGGCUGUCUCUUUGCUUAUUUUGCUCAUGCAGAGAAACAUGGCAUUCAAAUUGUGGGAGAUUUGAAGAAAGGGAUAAAUCCACUCUCCAUUCAACAUUUGAACUUUGACUCCAAGUACAUAGCCGCCCCCAUUCAAGCUGGGAUCAUUACUGCCAUGGUGGCUCUUGCUGAAGGAAUAGCAAUUGGAAGGAGUUUUGCCAUACUAAAAAAUGAACAAGUUGAUGGAAACAAAGAGAUGAUUGCUUUCGGAUUCAUGAACAUUGUUGGAUCUUUCACUUCAUGCUACUUGACAACAGGGCCGUUUUCGAAGACCGCAGUGAACUUCAACGCCGGGUGCAAGACCGCGAUGUCGAACGUGGUGAUGGCCGCGUGCAUGUUGUUGACACUCCUGUUCCUGGCUCCCCUGUUCAGCUACACCCCAUUGGUGGCUCUCUCGGCCAUCAUAAUGUCGGCAAUGCUGGGGUUGAUCGAGUACGAGAAGGCUUAUCGACUGUUUAAGACUGACAAAUACGAUUUCUUGAUCUGCAUGGCUGCCUUCCUCGGUGUUGCCUUCAUUAGCAUGGACGUCGGCCUCAUGCUGUCGGUAGGACUUGCGAUACUCCGAGCACUUCUAUAUGUGGCUAGGCCCACUACUUGCAAGCUCGGAAGCAUACCGAACUCAUCAUUGUAUCGCGAUAUAGAACAAUAUCCGGAGGCAAAUGGAAUCUCUGGGAUCCUCGUAUUGCAACUCGGUUCCCCUAUAUACUUUCCAAACUGCAAUUACAUUAGAGAAAGGAUUUUGAGAUGGGUGAGAGAUGAACAAGCAAGUAGAGAUGCUGAUCAAGCCGGAAGUGAUAUUGAGCAUAUUUUCCUAGAAUUGGGAGGAGUUACCUGCAUUGACAUUACGGGCGUUGAAACCCUAAUCGAGAUCUUAAAAGCCCUGGAAGCCAAAGGAAUUAAGAUGGCACUAGUUAACCCUAGGCUUGAGGUCAUGGAGAAGUUGAUUGUAACGAAAUUCAUAGACAUAAUUGGGAAAGAAAAUGUGUUCUUAUCGAUCGACGAUGCGAUCGAGGCAUCCAGAUUUAACCUCAAAAGUUCAAAAUAGUUUCAAGAUGCAUAAGGCCAUAAUUACGCAAUUGCAUGGUGAUAGUUUAAGCAAAGUUCGAAAUUGUACUUAGAUGAGAAAAACGAUCCUUGUUUGCCAAAUGGUUGUGGGAAAGCAUAAAUUGUCCAAAAAAAAAAAGAAGAGAAAUUGUGUACACGAUGGAUAAUGAUGUAACAAAAGGUCAAAUUUUAUUGUAUACUUGUGCUGAAAAUAAGAAUUUAGGUGUAAUACAACAUCUCAAUCAAUGCCUAUUGUGUU